UCUUGUAAAUAUGGUGUUUGUUUAGUAUAUUUUUUGGUGCAUUUUUUGUUUUUCUUUUCGAUAAAAAAAACCGUAGAAAAUAAAAAGAAGUGGAAAAAAGAUAUAGAAGUUAAAUCGCCAUGCCCCCGAUAGUUGGUACCGUCAUGGCAGCUAACGCCCUGGGCAACAUGAUUUGCUCACGUUGCGAAGAGGGAUUCGAAGUCCAUGAAAAAAUUGUUAAUUCAAACGGUGAACUAUGGCAUACGCAAUGCUUUGUUUGUGCUCAAUGCUUCCGUGCUUUCCAAGAUGGAAUUUUCUACGAAUUCGAGGGACGAAAGUAUUGCGAACGCGAUUUUCAUGUUCUCUUUGCCCCAUGCUGCAACAAAUGUGGUGAAUUCGUCAUUGGACGUGUUAUAAAAGCAAUGGCAGCAAGCUGGCAUCCACAGUGCUUCUGUUGUGAAUCAUGCCACAAAGAGUUGGCCGACUGCGGAUUUAUUCGUAAUCAAAAUCGCGCGUUAUGCCACGAUUGCAAUGCCAGAGAGAAAGCAGGCGAGCUUGGAAAAUAUAUUUGCCAUAAAUGCCACGGUAUUAUCGAUGGUCAACCGCUUCGGUUCCGAGGUGAAGUCUAUCAUGGCUAUCACUUCAAUUGUACAUCGUGCAACGCUGAAUUGGAUUCGACAGCGCGUGAGGUGAAAAGUCGUCCGGGUUUUGCAGCUAAUGAUAUGAACGAAUUGUAUUGUUUGCGUUGUCACGACAAAAUGGGCAUUCCAAUUUGUGGUGCUUGCCGUCGACCGAUUGAAGAACGUGUCGUAACCGCCCUCGGCAAACAUUGGCAUGUCGAACAUUUUGUGUGCGCCAAAUGCGAGAAACCAUUUUUGGGACAUCGUCAUUAUGAAAAACGUGGCCUGGCCUAUUGCGAAACUCACUACCAUCAAUUAUUUGGAAAUUUGUGUUUUGUGUGCAAUCAAGUCAUUGCCGGUGACGUUUUCACCGCAUUGAAUAAGGCCUGGUGUGUGCAUCACUUCUCAUGUUCGGUUUGCGACACGAAAAUGAAUCAAAAAUCGAAAUUCUAUGAAUAUGACGAGAAACCGGUGUGUAAAAAAUGCUACGAAAAAUUCCCAACGGAACUUCGGCGUCGUUUGAGAAUAUCGCAUGAAAACACCAUGAAGAAACCCGCAUAAGCCAAACUAGAUUUUCCAUCACGUGGCUCUUCGUCUUCAUGAAUCUGAAAACAUACUGCCAAAAAUGAAGAUGAUACCAACACAAAUUCGCUUUAGUCGUCAUUGUGAAUGUUUAUGGCCAUUUCGAAACAGAAAAUAUGUUUCUUUUUUUCCAUCCGGAACCGUUAUAUUAACCACGAAACCAAUUAACAAGACCGCAGUCAAUUAAAUAAUAUUUAGUUUUUUUUUAUUCUUUCUUAUGUUUCAAUGGAUAAUAUCCAUAUUUUGUAUGAUUUUCGUUUUAACAAUUAUUAUUAUUAUGUAUUUGAAAUAUUGUGCCUAAAAUGUAUGAUCAUGUGCCUUUUUUGUAUGAGAUACGAGAUUAAUCCGAUCAUUUAAAUCGCGAUCAUUUGUAUUAAUUCUGAUUUUAAUUUUUAUUUUUGAUGAUUUGAUGUAAAUUAUAUCAAACUUAUUGUAGUUGUAGUAAAUGAAUAUUUACAGUUGUCGAGCCAACUCGAAUACUUAAACUUAAACUUAAUAAACGUUUAAUUUCUAACACAAG